CCUACAACCUUCAAAGGAAGAGGGCAGCGGAGGGAGGCGGCCAGUGCGGAGAGGGCAAGAAGCAGAUGAGCGCCGCCGAGUCUUCAUUGAACAAAGCUCAAGGCGUGAAGCGCAAGUUCCCCCUCGCCAACCAGCAGGCCCUGGACAAACUCUUCUCCUCUCAGCCCUCGAGUAAGAGGAGCCCUGCCAAGCUCUCCAAACCCCUCCCGUUCAGUAUUGCAACCCUCAAGCAGAGUCUUAACCUCCUCUCCUACCAGAACAGAUCAAGUGCGCAGGGCCUCAGGCUUGUAAACCGCUUGGCUUCUCACGGUGCCUGGGUCGUUUUAUGCGGCAGAAAGCUCAUGCUGUUGAACCCGUUUCGAGUGGAGGAGGCCUUGCUGUUUAAAAGACUUCUGGAGAAUAAUAUACUGCCAACCGUGAGGCUGCAGACCCCUGUACAGCUGACAGAUGGGGUGCUUGGUGGGCCAGAGUACAUGGAUGUUCUCCUGAACAUGGAGAAAGACAGUGCCUGCUUCAAUGGAGACAUCUACUUUACUGAUCCUAGGCUUGUGGCAAAUGGUUUUGAGAUUAAGAUGAUUCCAGGUAAUGCUCAAAGACUUUGAAAUGAAUUUGUAAUAUUUCAUUUUUUAAAAAGCAUAGUU